AUGUUUAAAGGUGCUUCAGGGGAACAUAAUCAAAUAAAAUGUGACACCGAGCCACAAAAGAAGAUAUACAGACAGAUCUGGGACACAGCUGGGCAGGAGAGGUUCCGUAGUGUCACCCAUGCCUACUACAGAGACGCACAAGCAUUGCUGCUGCUGUAUGACAUCACGAGCAAGUCAUCGUUUGACAACAUUAGGGCCUGGUUAACAGAGGUACAUGAAUAUGCACAGCAGGAUGUAGUCAUCAUGUUGCUAGGUAACAAGGCUGACAUAACCAGUGAGAGAGCCAUCAAGAGAGAAGAAGGCGAGAAACUGGCCAGGGAAUAUGGAGUUCCUUUCAUAGAGACCAGUGCCAAAACUGGCAUCAAUGUUGAGCUAGCAUUCCUGGCCGUGGCUAAGGAGCUGAAACACAGAUCUGUCAAUCAACCCAAUGAACCGAAAUUCCAAAUCCACGAGUACAUCGAAUCUCAGAGGGAAAAGUCCAGCUGUUGUGGGUUUGAAUAAGGAGCUGAUCUGAUUGGAGGACUCAGGGCAUGGAGCAGCAAUCAGCUUCCAUGAUUGGCUUUGAAGGGGUGGUGAAACAUGCACUGUUUGUAAAUUGGCAUUCACACUCAGCUUGGUGUGCAGCUUACCCAGCCCAUAUCCAAUCCAUACCUGUACCCACAACCAUCCCCAUCUCAUACCCGUACCCAUACCGUAUCUAUCCCAUUCCCAGUAAUGUUUCCCAUACCUAUCCCUGUCCGUAUCUAUCCCGUACCUGUAUCCAUCCCCAUAUCUAUCCCCAUCCAGUAUCCAUCCCAUACCCAUACCAAUACUUGUACAAAUCACAAAUACAUUCCUGUUCCAUGGCAUACCUGUCCCCUGCCCAAAGUUCGUCCCAUCCCAUUCUCUUAACCCAUUCCUUAUCCAAUCCAGUAUCCGUGCCUGUUUCAUACCCUUUUGUACCUGUCCUAUCCCGUACCCGUACCAUGUGAUGUGACAUCUGCAACACAAAAUAAGAUUUCCCUCUUCUGCCAUUUUGAAAUGUGCUUCUCUUCUGAUCAGUGAUGUUAGUGGGAUGUCUGCUCGUUUCCCGUGAUUUUGAGAGGUCCCAUGUAAUGAUAUCGAUGAGACACAAGCCUCUGUACUUGCUGACCUACAUACGCUCCUGGUCUAUUAACUUAUCCUUGCCUUUCCCUAUCUCUGUAACCACUUUCAGCCCCGAAGCCCUCUGAGAUCCCGAUUCUGACCCCUUGUACAUCCCUGACACUUUCACUCCAUCAUUGACAGUGGUGCCUUCAACAAUCUAGGCCCUAAACUCUGGAAUUUUCUCAAUAAAUUUCUUCCCUUCUCUCUCCUUUUUGGCCAUUCCUUAAAACAUUACGUAGGGAGCCGAAUGAACACUGCAAGGUGUCUGCGGAAAUCAGAAGGUCACAGGUAGCUCCCUCCACAUUUCCAAGAAGCCCGCUACAUAGAGUGGACAGGUGCUUGGGAUGCAACCAGAGUCCCAUAGGAACCCACUGGUCCAAUGAGCAUUAGGCACCCUCCCAUUGAUCCUACAGGCUUUCAGCGAGGGUACAGGUGGGAAAUGCCUGGACUGGGGCUGGGGAUUUUUAUUAUCAUGCUGCUGUCAGCUGAAAGCCUCAUCCACUCUCGCUUGCUCAGCUUCCCACUCAACCCAGCCAUCCCAGCUCCUCCAGUCCAUUAUUCAGUCAGUGGACUUCCUCCAGAGCUGUCCACAAUUGACUUUCUCAGCAUAAAUGGUUGCAGCAACCCUCGCCAUAGGAACUGGAUGGUCCAUUGGAGGGUUCUAUGGCCUUGGUAUUCAGAAAGAUAAACAUCCAUUCAGCUCUGGAGGGAGUGAAGCAUAGAUUCACCAGAAUGAUACUGAGUCUACAAUGGUUAAGUUACGGACACAGGUUGCAAGUACUAGGCUCAUACACUGAGUGCAGAAGAAUUAGUGUGACCUAAUUGAGGUGUUUAAGGUGGUUUAAGGAUUUAAUGUGCUAGAUAGAGUGAAACUACUUCCUCUGUUAGGGGUCAUUCCAGAACAAGGGAGCAUAAAUUUAAAAUUAGAGCUGGGCCAUUCAGGGGUGAUAUCAGGAAGCACAUCGUUACACAAAGGGUGAAAACCUGGAACUCUCUCCCCUAAAAGGCUGUGGAGGCUGCAGUAACAAUUGAAAUUUCAAAACUAAGAUAGAUUUUUGCUAGGCAGGGGGACUAAGGGUUACAGAACCAAGACA